CUCCAAAUUCCAAUUCCAUUUUUUCUUAAUCUAAAAUCCGCCAUUGUUGAUUAACAACUUAUUUCAAGAACGAAUCUUGAAUCAUAUUUGUGUUUCAGAUGAUCAACAGGAAUCAAAUUCACGUUCGCCGUUGUAUAAAAUGUUCACUCUGCGCAAACUAGCAUCAAUUCGUAAUCAUACGCCUCCAUAUUAUCACUAUGUCAAGGAUCCUGGUGGUCAGAACUAUUAAAAGAAUCACGCAGUCGAUUCGAACAAACAAUCGUAGAAUUCAAUCAGAAGAUACGAAACACCAGUCAGAUGAUCGAAUCGGUCUACAUUCCUCCCAUAGAAACCAUUCCGUCAUCCCAACCAAUGAUAGAGUGACACAUCAUGCUCAAAUCGCAUGGAAAACAAUUUCCCAGAAUUCAUCUCACAACGGGAAAUCGUUUUCUUCUAUAAGUAGGAUUUCUCAAGCGUUUAGUUUGGCGUUAACCCGCUCAUACGUUGUUAUUCCCGGUAUUUACGCAUUUGUGUGCGGGAAUACAGCGUUUGCACAAACAGGGAAAACUCUCGAAUACUUUCAGCCAAGAAACAGUCUUUACGCGCAUGCAGAAGAUAGCCACGCGUUCUUGAUUUCAUCGAUUAUUUCCAUAUUCGAAGGUUUAAUAUUAUUAACCAGAGCUAUAUAUUUAGCGAUUUUAUUCUCACCAACUAUCGCAACAGCCCCAUUUGCAGAAUAUUUCGGUAAUUCAUCAAGAAAGAAUUGGCUACACCUUGUACGGCGUACGUUAGAAAUAGCGGGUCCCGCUUUUAUAAAAUGGGGUCAAUGGGCAGCAACAAGACCCGAUCUUUUUCCUCGUGAUUUGUGCACUGAACUUUCUAAGCUCCACACAAAAGCCCCUGAACAUAGCUUUUCCUACACGAAAAAGACGGUUGAGAAGGCUUUCGGUCGUAAAAUUUCCGAAAUUUUUGAUGAUUUCGAGGAGGUUCCGGUAGCUUCCGGAAGUAUUGCGCAAAUUCAUCGAGCUGUUUUGAGAUAUACAUAUCGAGGUAAGCAGAUUAAGCCGUUAGUAGUUGCGGUGAAAGUUAGACAUCCGGGAGUAGGUGAGUCGAUUAAACGAGAUUUCGAGAUUAUUAACAUAGUGGCAAAGAUUUCAACAUUUAUACCCACUUUAAAAUGGUUGAGAUUGGAUGAAAGUGUACAACAAUUUGCGGUUUUUAUGAUGUCGCAAGUGGAUCUUGCUCGUGAAGCUGCUCACUUAAGUCGAUUUAUUUACAAUUUUAGAAGAUGGAGAGACGUUUCGUUCCCGAAACCGGUAUAUCCGCUCGUGCAUCCUGCGGUUUUGGUGGAAACGUUUGAGCAAGGAGAAAGUGUCGCAUAUUAUGUUGACGAACUCAAAGGACACGAACGAUUGAAGAGUUCUCUUGCUCAUAUCGGGACUCAUGCACUUUUAAAGAUGCUUUUGGUUGAUAACUUCAUUCAUGCGGACAUGCAUCCCGGAAACAUCCUUGUACGAAACAAAUCUUCUCGUAAAGGGAUCUUCAAAUCAAAGCCACACGUUGUGUUUCUCGAUGUCGGCAUGACUGCUGAGCUUUCAAAGAACGAUAGAAUUAAUUUAUUAGAAUUUUUCAAGGCGGUUGCUCGUAGAGAUGGUGCGACUGUGGCAAAAUGCACAUUACGGCUAUCGAAGCAACAAAACUGUCCGAACCCUCGAGCCUUUAUAAAAGAAGUGACGGAAACAUUUGAUUUUUGGGGUACUCCCGCAGGUGAUCUCGUACACCCUGCUGAUGCCAUGCAUCACUUGCUCGAACAAGUGAGACGUCAUCGAGUCAAUGUCGAUGGAAAUGUAUGCACCGUCAUGGUUACCACUUUGGUUCUCGAGGGAUGGCAAAGGAAACUGGAUCCGGACUAUGAUGUUAUGCAUACGCUACAAACGUUGUUACUCAAAGAAGAUUGGGCGAAGUCAUUAACAUACACAAUCGAAGGGCUGAUGGCUCCUUAAAACAUGAUAAUCAGUAGAAGAUUUUGUAAAACCUCGAGUGUUUAUAGUGUUUAUUACGUGUUGAUUUGUUUAAUCUUGCCACAACUGUGUGGCGACGAUAACAAUUUUGAAGGGAAAUUUUGUUAAUGAA